UUAACGUUAUUCACAUGGUUCGAACGACUGAGUAUGUGCGUCAUCAUCCUAAACUGUGUAACUCUCGGUAUGUACCAGCCAUGUAAUGACAAUGUUUGCGAUAGCGUCCGCUGUCGGAUACUUCAGAAUUUUGACCACUUCAUCUUCGCAUUCUUCGCCGUGGAGAUGAUUAUCAAGAUCACGGCUAUGGGAUUCUGGGGAAAGACGACGUACCUAGAGGACUCCUGGAACAGACUUGACAUGUUUAUUGUGCUUGCCGGAGUUGUUGACUACGUAGUUGACAAUACGCUAGAGUAUGGUAUUGAUUCAGAACACCUAAGUCUUUCAGCGAUACGAACUAUCAGGGUGCUCCGACCAUUGAGAGCCAUCAACAGGAUACCAAGUAUGAGGAUACUGGUGAUGCUGCUGCUCGAUACCUUGCCAAUGUUAGGGAAUGUGUUGUUGUUGUGUUUCUUUGUCUUUUUUAUCUUUGGUAUAAUCGGUGUACAGUUGUGGGCAGGAGUCCUUAGAAAUAGAUGCUUCAUAAAUAUCAGCGAUCACAUAUCAUAUAACGUGAGUUUGCGGCCGUAUUAUGUCCCAAUGAAAGAGUACGAGGACUAUAUUUGUGCAAGGCCUGGUGAAUCUGGUAUGCGAAAAUGCGAGAACCUUCCGCGGUAUCAAUUUGAGGGCAUAAAAUGCAAUGGUACCGCGAAGCCGUUCCAGAAUAACACACCAACGAACAGCUCGUGUGUGAACUGGAACCAGUAUUACACUGUUUGUGAUGCCGGGGACAAAAACCCCUUCCAGGGUGCAAUCUCGUUUGAUAACAUUGGCCUUGCGUGGGUAGCUAUAUUCCAGGUGAUUAGCCUUGAGAGUUGGGUUAAUAUUAUGUAUUACGUUCAAGACGCUCAUUCUUUCUGGGACUGGUCCUACUUUGUUGCUCUUAUUGUUAUUGGCUCAUUCUUCAUGAUCAAUUUAUGUUUAGUUGUCAUAGCGACGCAGUUUUCCGAAACUAAGAAACGUGAGACAGAGAGAAUGUUGCAGGAGAGAAAACGUUAUCAGUCAACGAGCACAUUAGCUAGUAACUCCGAGCCUAGCAGUUGUUAUACUGAAAUUCUUAAAUAUAUUGGACAUCUAUACAGGCGUGGAAAACGAAAAUUAAUAAAACUGUACUACGAAAAGACAGGCAGACCGCAUAAAAAAGCCAAACCGGAGUUGAUUCUCCGGAAGAAAAAGAAGAAAGGUAUCGCUCAGCAUCAUCACAGUCAAUGUAAUCAUGCACGCAGUAAAAAUCAGAGACAUGCACAUUAUCAUUAUGUAUAUCUAAAUCACGAAACUGUACCACUGUGCCAUGAUAGUUACCCUUCAAAUCAUUUAGCUCCUAGAGCCAGCCCUGAGGCAUCUGAGGUAGAUCCUAUAUCCUCACCACGGCGGCCGCCCUUUCUGACGGUCCCUGGCAUCAGUGCUCAACCAUCGUCCGAAUCCUUGAACACAUUAGCUAUAGCAGCUGCUGAGGUUUUAACACCUUCGCUCUUCAAAUCAUUUGCUCCCUCAUCUAAUCAACUAUCAGCGCAUGUUUCGAAUGCAAAUAGCAGAAAUCCGUCAUUUAGUAUAGAUGGAAGUGUGAAGCAUCUACAGCUUUUGCCUGACGUUGUCUCAACCCACAGUGCAAAGAAUGCAACUAUAGCAGCCUCUAAUACAUUAGUAAAUGAGGAAUACGAUGCGUUUAAAUUUCAUCAUGUGAAUGAUAAAGGUUUACCUGACACUUAUCUGGCAGAGACGGUGAAUGACAAGUUUUAUCCUCGUAUACAAUGUGCCUUACCGUGUGACCAUGAAAUCAGAACUUAUCCGUGUUACGACUGUGAUUGUGUUGAACAUGAUCAUGAAUUUGAAAUGGAAUAUAAACACGACCCUGAAAAUUGUGGUUGCAAACAAGAAAACGCACAGAAGAAAAACUCAGCAUGGUAUAUACGUGAAGCAAGAAGGAAAGUUGAGCUUAUGGUCGAACACAGGAUCUUUCAGCGAGGCAUCUUAGCAGCUAUUUUAUUCAACACUUUCAGCAUGGGGAUAGAAUAUCAUAAUCAGCCUGAAGGACUCACCAGAGUUUUAGAAUAUAGCAACUACGCAUUUGCUACAUUGUUCGCCAUUGAAAUGUUUCUAAAGCUGAUCUCAUAUGGUUUGUUUGGUUACAUUAAAAAUGGGUUCAAUGUCUUUGAUGGAGUUAUUGUUAUCCUCAGCCUCGUUGAACUAUUAAAUCAGGAUGGAGGAAGCGGGUUAUCAGUUUUACGCACGUUCCGGUUGCUAAGGAUCCUGAAACUCGUGCGUUUCAUGCCUGCAUUGCAGAGACAGUUGAUUGUGAUGUUACGGACGAUGGAUAAUGUCGCCACGUUCUUUGCCUUAUUGUUACUUUUUAUGUUUAUAUUUAGUGUUCUAGGUAUGAACUUGUUUGGUGGUAAAUUUUGUUGGAAGUCGGACGGAUCAACAUGCAAUUGUAACGAGUAUCUUGAACCGAACAUUUGUGAAUGUGACAGGGCAAACUUUAAUACCCUAUUAUGGUCACUUGUAACUGUGUUUCAGGUGCUAACUCAAGAAGAUUGGAAUACUGUUUUAUAUAACGGCAUGGAGAAAACGUCUGCAUGGGCUGCCCUUUACUUCGUAGCCCUGAUGACAUUUGGCAACUAUGUACUGUUUAACCUUCUAGUGGCCAUUCUUGUUGAAGGAUUUUCGUCUGAGGAGGAAGAAAAGAAAAAGCGACGAGAUUCCAUUAAGGAGAGAAAGCUGGAAGUAAUCAUGGAAACCAAUAACAAUGAACAAAGAGACUCUGUAAAAGAAAAGGUUGCCGAGGUGUUAGACGUGAAAAUUAACAACAAAGAAAAAGAAAAGAUGCUGGGGUUAAACAAGGUGUCAAAGGAUGAGAACAACAAGGUUUUUACUUUACCUCCGCCAGUCAUUACACACACAGAGGCCACGCCCAUGGCAACACCACAAGGUUCUCCUAAUGAACACUCUGAAAGAGAAAUCAACAUGCAAAGACAAGCAGAUACAAAUUCACUUACAGUUGAAAUCCCUACCCUUAACAAUGUUGCACAGCGUUUAUCCCUCAAUUCAUCAUUAUCACUGUCAUCGAACCGCUUGAGUUGUAACCUUUCACGUGCCUCCAGCUGUCGAACCCCCACUGUAAGUUUCCGAACAUCAUCAAGAAUGUCAGCACGUGUCUCACCCCGUCCGUCACCGCGACCUUCACCUCGACUCUGGAGGUCACUUAGUUAUGGCAGUCGCAGAAAUAGUUGGAAAAUGAAGAGGACCAGAGAGGGCGAUAAAGCUAAACUUAUGAAGACAGGAUCAAACAAUGAUAAUUGCGAUGAUGAUGAGUAUUUUUGUGAUUAUGACGAAGAUGAGGAUGAUGAAGUGUUCAAACCAGCCUCACAACCGAUUCUCAAACCGAACGGGAGUGCGCUGAAAAGUUCCGAGUGUAAUGGCGGUAUUCAUUUGAACAAUCAACGAGUGUUUAGCUCACAUCAGAAUCUCAUGUUUAAUCGCCGCAUGUCAUCUCCAAAGAACUCUUUACGAAGCCGAAACAAUUCAUCAAGCAGUGCCCGGAGCAUCUGUAACUCUAUCCAUCUAAGCCGACAGAACACAUUCCCAUCAAGGAGGAAGAUACAUUCGCUAUCCUCCACUUGCAGCGGUCACGGAAAUGAUGACUAUCGCCCGAACAAUCUGUCUGAAACUGGAAACGAUAGAGAGGAAGAUGACAAGAGAUCGAACUUUGAAGAGGAGGAUCCUGAUGCUAUUGAUGAAACGAACUGCAACUAUUCUUGGUGCCCAGAGCCUCAUGGAUGUUUUCUCGCCAGACUCGAAUAUUCAAUGUAUUUGCUCAGUCCAGACAAUCCUCUCAGACGUUUGGCCUUUCACAUCAUUGCUCAGAAAUGGUUCGACAACACUGUAUUGUUCUUCAUUGCUCUCAACUGUAUCACGCUUGCUAUGGAGAGACCUGACAUUCCCCCCGAUAGCGUGGAAAGAGAAUUUCUCUCAAUUUCCAACCACAUCUUCACCGUCAUAUUUACCCUUGAGAUGUUGAUUAAGGUAAUUGCAAAGGGUUUGAUGAUUGGGAAACACGCUUAUCUGAAAAGUGGUUGGAAUAUUAUGGAUGGUUUUCUUGUUGCCAUAUCGCUUAUAGAUACUAUCAUCUCCAUGACAGCUUCAAGCAGCCCGAGAAUAUUUGGCAUACUUCGGGUUUUCAGACUUCUAAGAACUCUCAGACCACUCAGGGUUAUAAGUAGAGCUCCAGGUUUAAAGCUAGUUGUACAGACGUUGCUGUCGUCGUUAAGGCCUAUAGGAAACAUUGUCCUUAUAUGUUGCACUUUCUUUAUCAUCUUUGGAAUACUGGGUGUACAGUUAUUUAAAGGAACAUUCUACUAUUGUAAAGGACCCAAUGUCACCGAUAUCAAAAACAAAACUCAGUGUCUUGCACAGAAAAGAAAUGUAUGGAUCAAUCAAAAAUACAAUUUUGACAAUCUCGGCCAGGCAUUGAUGGCAUUAUUUGUACUGGCAUCUAAAGACGGCUGGGUGAGCAUUAUGUAUACAGGGCUGGAUGCUGUAGGGGUUGAUCAACAACCUAUUCAAAACUACAAUGAAUGGCGGUUGAUAUUUUUCAUCUCAUUCCUUUUGCUUGUGGGCUUCUUUGUCCUUAACAUGUUUGUUGGUGUGGUAGUUGAGAACUUUCACAAGUGCAGAGAAUCCCAGGAAAUAGAAGAGAAGGCGAGAAGAGCAGAGAAACGACAGCAAAAACUCGACAAGAAAAGACGAGGAUUGCAACAGUGUCCAUACUGGGCAAAAUAUGGGAAACCACGCCUUAUUAUUUACACAGUGAUUAACAGCAAGUACUUUGACCUCGCAAUUGCUGGCGUUAUUGGUCUCAACGUCAUCACCAUGGCUCUAGAGUUCUAUAUGAUGCCAAAGGAACUGGAGUUUGCGCUGCAAAUAUUCAAUUACUUUUUCACGUCUGUGUUUAUCCUUGAAGCAGCAAUGAAAAUAAUUGCACUUGGUACCCUCCGAUAUUUGAGAGACAGAUGGAACCAACUUGAUAUAUUCAUCGUUAUUCUUUCAAUUGUCGGCAUCGUUUUAGAGGAAAUGAAGACAAAUGUCAUUCCAAUCAACCCAACGAUCAUCCGAGUAAUGAGAGUUCUCAGAAUCGCAAGAGUAUUGAAAUUAUUAAAGAUGGCAAAAGGUAUCCGAGCGCUGCUGGAUACUGUAAUUCAAGCACUGCCGCAAGUUGGAAAUCUAGGACUGUUAUUCUUUCUGUUAUUCUUUAUAUUUGCGGCUCUUGGUGUUGAGCUGUUCGGACGUCUUGAAUGUUCAGAGGAACACCCUUGUGAAGGACUUGGAGUGCACGCUCAUUUCCGAAAUUUUGGGAUGGCAUUCCUGACUCUAUUUCGAGUUGCAACGGGAGAUAACUGGAACGGAAUCAUGAAAGACACACUGAGGACAGACUGUGACAACAGCGAUAACUGCUUAAAGAAUUGCUGCGUGAAUUAUGUGAUAGCACCAGUCUAUUUUGUUGUCUUUGUUCUGAUGGCCCAAUUUGUCCUGGUCAACGUUGUGGUUGCAGUCUUGAUGAAGCACCUUGAGGAAACUUACAAAUACAAAGAAUUAGAUGAUGAAGUUGAGGAAGAACUCAAGAUGGAAAUGGACGUCAUGCGCAGAACGGCUUUGAGGGAAAAUUAUGAAAUGGCCAAAAUAAAGGAUUCACAUAAAGUUAUUGACGAUGAAGUGGAGAUUGAAGCACUUUUCCGGAAACAAGUGAGAGAAUACACAUUCAACAAACCAUCAGAAGCAGAUGACCAAACUGACAAGAAAGAUACAGACACUCAGUUGUUACCGCCACCGUCAUUCACGCUCAGGCCACCGAGUUGCGAACCCUGCCCACCUAGUCCUACAACAACGCUGUGGGCUGCCAAUGACCGAAGAGAAAUGUUUCUUGACCCAAUGGCCAUUACAAUCAAUGUUCACAAUGACAACAACACCCUCAAAGUACCAAGUAUUUCUUCAAUGGAUGGAAGAAUGAGUCCGCGAGACAGAUUGUCAAGUGACUCAAGCUUUGAUGAAGGUAGCAACAAGUUCAUACGUAGCGCUGUAUCAACACCUACACGAAGUAUGAAAGACAUGCAAGAACAUUCUUUAAUGAGACCAGUAAGUGAUCAACAAAUAAAUUUGACAUUAAAAGAACGUAAAGAGAAAGCAGUGUCUUGGCACAGUAAGAUACCUUCAAGUACUCAAACAUUAGGAUGUGUUGAGGGUGUAAAUGAGAAGGAAAUGCAGAAUGAUAAACAUACACAGUCUCAGCCUUUGUUAGGAACUCUAGAAAGUAAUAGUUCACGUAAACAUAUAUGUAGGCAUACAUAUUCGGUAAAACAGGUGCGCACGUCAGCUAAAGAUUGGAAUAAAAGCUGGAGUGUUAGACGAUGUGCUAGUUCUGGAAAUGAAAAAUCAAAAUUCAGAGAAAAAUAUCUGCAUCUGAGACCUACAAAUAAAGUAGAAGACUAUAAUUCAUCUGUAUCACUUGGGAGAGGUAAAGUGUCCAGGCAACCGAGUAUAUCAAAAACUGACUCAGUGGACAACGGUAAAGGUGAUGAAAUGUCACUGAUAGACUGGGACGAAGAUGAAAAAUUGUGUGAUGAGGAAGUAGGUAAUAUAACAGGAAAUGUUGAUGACGACGAUGGUAUUAGGCCUACAAUAUCUUAUAGUAAACUUGGUUCAGACAUAAACUUAAGUAUUGCAGGCGCACGGACACCAGUAAGCGGAAGUCUGUAUCCAAAUAUUAUUGAUAAUCAUUCCAAAGAAAACACACCCGUUCCAAAAGUCGGUUCUUUAAAUUGUGAUUAUUCUAAGUCAGAUAGUGCUAUAGGUUCUCAUGUUGAAACUGGUGGUUCUGACAAGGAACCAAGUAAGUUAAAUGAAGAUGAUUCAGUAUUCAAGGAACCCAGCAAACAGUAUGAAAACAAUUUAUUAUUAUCUGUCCCCACACUGGCCGUUCGGUCAAAUCCUAUGCCUAAUGAAAAAACUACGAAUCAAUUACAAGAAGGGACAUUGUUACGCCCUUUAGUUUUAUCAAACGACGAAAGACGACCUCCGAUUCAAAGUCCUCGACCAGCGGUACCACCAUUAUUGUCAUCGAAUUCAGUCCCAGGAGUAAAAGAAGGACGACGGUCCAUACCACGGAGUCCGCGCCCAAGAUUAAAAUAUCAAGACCAACGACCCCAGUCCUUAGACUGUCCGUCAGUAUGGGAUGUAAAAAAUUUAGAUGAACUGUCAAGCCAAAAGCAGGAACGACAGCAUUUGCUUUCGUCGAGCCUCUCUGGUGAAAGUCAUUUGUGAUAGACUUUUUGAUAUUUUGGUGGAAAACCAGUAGAUUUAUAACGCUUUAAUUACAGGUAUUACUUAAUCAUAAAUACCAGCUUGUGAUUGGUAUGAUUCAAGGAUAAUCAGCAUGUAGAAUGUAGAUAUGCAACGUGCAGGCCUUAUUUGUAAAGGACGUAAAGGAAUAUAUUGUCGUUAGUUCUCAAAAUUUCUUGGUUAUUUACUUGAAUCGUGACCUCUUAAAAUUAUAGAUUUGUUGUUAAUUUUUAUACUUUAUACCCGGGACACUCUGCUCAUACAUAUCGCGAAAUUGUUUGUAUAUAUCUCAUCCAUACGUCGCCAAAGGUUUGCUAAGUGUGUAUGUAAGUAAGUGCUUGAACACAGUAAAUGAUUGAGAUUUUUCAUUGGUACUUUAUUGAGCAAAUAUGCCGCUUGAGGUUGCACGAUCACGAGAGUGGCCACGUAACGGCAAAAUGUGUAGAAAUGUCGUUAGACCCGCAUACAUAUCAAUACACGAUUCCUUAUAUGAAGAGAGACAAAAUACUUUCAGCGGCACAUUUGUUCCAGUAUGGUAUGUUUUAUACAUUGUCACUUAUGUGCUCACUAGUUGUUGACCUAGUUCUCAGAGGAUGUUACAGUAUUUAACAUGUAUUAAGAGACAACAUAAGAGAACCUCUUAACGUAAAUGUUAUCUUAAUACAACAUUAAUUCAAGUGGCCCCUUAAUAGACGUGUUCUCUCUAGCAAGUUUGGCUGUGAUUGAUUUGAUAGAUAUUUUGACGCACGUACAAAUAAAUAUACUUUCACCUUGGUCAUUAUAUUAACCGAGAAAACGUUACAGUAAUUGUUAAAAUGCUUUAAUAUUAACUUCUUGCUUACAACGUCUCUUUUUAUCUCCAGAUAAAAUACAUUUUCAAAUAUUGUUAAUAUUCAUCGUUUGUACUAAAUUUUAAUCACAGUUAUAUUGAGGAUAUUAAAAAAGUGUUCAGUUGACUGUAAUCUGGAAUAAUAUUAAUAAAAUCCGCUAUCACAAAGCAUGACUGAUGUUUUGCUAGAACAUGAUCGAUGCAUGUUUUGUACCAAUGGUUCUUUACAUUGACUGAAUUAAAGACGUAAUAUAAAAAUGCAUCCCAAAAUUUUGGAUUAAAGAAUCUAUAUAAUACGAUAAACUUUUUCCGUAAGUGUCUUGUAAUGGUGGAUGUGUAUAUUUCUAUUGAUACGAAUGAUUUAGUUGGAUUCAACAACAAAUUACCUGAUUUAAUGUGGUUUUCAAGCCUAUGAUAUUGAUGUGUAUUACGCGUUAAUGUUGUUUUGUGAUGUUGACGGAGAUUCAGUCACUUGACAAUUAGCAAAGUUUAGGAGAACCAACAUUAACAUGUGCCACAUGACCAUGUCAGGUGUAUAAUCCUUCUAUAAAGUAAAAAAAAAACAUCUGGCUGAUAUAAGUUUGUUAGUUAUUGAAAUAAUCAGUUACUUCGAGGCUUCUCGGAUCUUUUUCUAUUCUGAAAGCUGGAAUGUCGCCAUACAUCAAUGGUUUCACCUCCAAACUAUUGAGUUCCUUGCAUUUUAAGCGUCCGUAUCAUGUUUAUCCGUCAAGAUAACUGCCAAUCCUAAUACAUUAUCUUGUUGAUGUUUUAUUGGUUAUUAAAGUGUUAUCUUUAAGAACGGAUUUUUUUUAAUAUGGCGUUUGAAGAUAGUUCUGCAAGUUUGGAUCACAUUUUGUUCUACAAUAUAGAUUUCCAUUUAAUACUGGGUUUUCAAAGCUUCAGAAUAUACUUAGUGAAUUUGGCAAUUAAAAAAGAUAGGGUCUUGUGCUCGAUUGUUUUCUAGACUGAUAUAAAUACACAUAAUAUUGUGAAAUGAUAUAUAUAGGUCAGAUAUUUGCCCUUGAAUAAAGAGAUCAACACAUUUCAAGCCGAUUUAAAAACGGCAUUUGGAAUAAAUUCAUGUCAAAAUAUUUUAUAUCAUAUUUAUCAUUUAAUGACAGUAAAGUUCCCAUUUACAUCAAGUCUCGGGUGACCAUUAAUUCAUUUCAGUAUGCCGAGUCUAGACUUUAUUGGGAGCGGGGGCUCCGUGACCGAGUGAUUAAGGUCGCUGACUUCCAAUCAUUUGCCUCUCACCGAGGUGGGUUCGAGCCUCGCUCAGGGCGUUGAAUUCUCCAUGUUAGGAAGCCAUUCAGCUGGCUUACGGAAGGUCGAUGGUUCUACCUAGAUGCCCGCCCGUGAUGGAAUAAUGUACGGAGGGACACUUGGGGUCUUCUUCCACCAUCAAAAGCUGGAAAGUCGACAUAUGACCUAAAAUUUGUCGUUGUGACGUUAAGGUAUUAGAUCACUAAUAGUAAUGUUUACAGAAAGGCCUUUGCUUGAUAUAUUCUGAAAGGUAACCAUGUUUUGCACUAUUUUGCAAUUUUUAAACAAUUUUUACCGUGCCGUUUUUUAUAAAUUUUGUAUAACUUAUGGUAUCUCCUCAAGCUCAAAUAGAGACAAAUUUCAAAGUGAUAGCCACUGUCCAAAACGUUUGCAGAGAACUCAUUUUACCAUUAAUUUUAAUAAAAGAAACAUCAAACUAUUGGUAAACAAUUAUAAAACACAAAAUAAAAAUGUCAGUAUCAUUUUUUCUAUGGUGCCUCAAGUAAACGGAUUUAAUGAGACAGAAUUCAUACUUCAACAUUGAAAAAAUAAGGUCGAAUGCUGUGUUUCUGUUUUAAAUUUUGCUUACUCCAUUUAAAAAUAACCUUAGGGCAGACGUAAAACCUACUUAAGGUUCUUCCACAAUAUAUAAUCUAAGAGUAAAAGCAAAAUAGAGAACUUUCACCGCGUGUAACUCAAUAUUUUUAAAGAUGUGUAACUCUACCCCUUCUGUUUAAGUAGUAAAUUCACUUUGAACACCAAGAAAUCGCUUAUAACAUUCACCUUUUUCCAUUUUUGUACAAGAAAUCAAUAAUAAGUCUUGAAAGAAGUAAAAACUUACUAGAAAAAAGGAAAAUAAUGAGAAAAAAAUUUGGUCCCAGUAGGGCUUGAACCUACGCGCCCCUAAGAAUUGCAGUAAAAGUAGGUUUAUGGUAGGAAUUGAAUACUCUUCAAAAAGGAGGUUCUCUAUUAGUGAUCUAAUACCUUAAGCGCAACAAAAAACACUUUCUUACAUGUUAUCCGGAUAAAUGACGUCAUGAUAUUACCUCCGAUUUAUAAAAUACCUAAAUUUAUUUUUAUGAAGCCGAAUACCUAUAAAUUCAUGCUUGCAUUUCAAAUGUCGUCAAAAAGCAAAUAUUAAGGCUCCACAUCGUAAUAAAAGCACAAUUAUUGUAAGAGAAGAUCUUAUUUGUCGCAAAUAUUGCGUAGUGAACAACCGCCGGGAGUUAAGGCAACAACUACAACAUUUUUGUUCACCUACUUCAUAUUGAUACGUGAUAAUAUUUGUUGUAUAUAAUGCAUGUGCACUAUUUCAAGGAACUGGACGUAUUACUAUAUUUUAGUUAUAAUAUGUAAAGUUUCUAAAGAAGAUUUUUUACUAGUUUCUGUUAAUAUAAACAUGUAAAGUUUAAUUUAUUUUUAUAGAUCUUCGAGCUCUGUUAAUUGUCCGUACACGAUGUACGGGUACGGUAGUUCGGUCCUAGAUGUCCGAUCUAUUUCCGUUAAAUUGUUGAUUUAUUUGAGUGAUAACAUCUAAUGCAAGUUUUCGUCAUAGCCGACAAUAGCAUUGAAAUAAAGCCUAUCGUAUCACUGCAGUGGAUGGUGUAUUCAUCUUUUAGUUUGGAGAUUUCCGUUGAACAUUUAAACAUACGAUUUUAAAUAUGACGUUACUCAGGCAAUAUCGCAUAUAAGAUAGGAAGGAUAUCUUUUGCGCUUUUCACAUUUCGAACAUGUUUUGUUGGUGAUUUUAAAUAGUUCUUAUUGGAAUGCGUUUUCGGUAAAUGUUCUUUCAUUGAGAAACAUAUAAAUUAAUUUCUGUUUAAUUAGAAACUCUGGUAUUAUUAAUAUUACAUAUGAUUGUUUGUUUAAGUGUGUUGAAAUGAGAGAAUUUAAUACAGUUUACUUGAUGCAAACUCGGAGUUGUUCGUCAUAUUUGUGAUAAGUGAGUAAGUUAAGAACAUGUGUUUUAAAUUCAGUUUUAGCUAUUACACGUGAAACCAAGUAGAUUGUACGAAUUAAACACUUAUGGACAUUGAUUUUGGAAUUCUGUACUAAUAUUAACCUAGAAGCAGCGACUCUUUAUCUUUUGUAGACCGAGUAAAAUUUUCUAUCAUUCUGUUAUUUAACGCGUUUGUUUGUUUGUAAUAUCAGCAUAGAUUUUGCAUUUGAUAAUUACUUGACACUGAUGUCACAUGUGGUGUAAUAUAUUGAAAUUGUAUUUAUAAUAAAUUGUUAAUUCCUUAAA